AUGGCGACCAAGCUCCCUCUCCGAAUCGCCGCACCAGUCCGGCCCCGGCCCUUCAUCCGCCUCCCUCUCCCCCAGCAACGACGCACCUUUCUCUCCGAGCUCGGCAAGGCCCUGGGCGCCGACCCCAGCAAGCCAGCGCGCAUCAACGUGUCCCGGACGCUACCGCACAGCUCCUGGGACCUGUACACGCUGAUCGCCGACGUCGACAGCUACCGGGACUUCGUGCCGUUCUGCACGUCGUCGCGCGUGACGCGGUGGACGGCCCCCGACCCGCAGACCGGCCAGAAGUGGCCCGCCGAGGCGGACCUGACGGUCGGCGCCUUCGGCUUCACCCAGACGUACACGUCGCGCCUGCGCUGCGUCCCGGGCGUGUCGGUGGAGGCGCUCAGCGGGGAGGACGCGCUCGCCGGGUCUGAGACCGAGACCGAGGCCGGGCCCGAGCCGCUGCGGAAGACGGCGGCGAGCCAGAACAGCGUGUUCAGAUCGCUCAUCACCAAGUGGACUGUCACGCCGGUCGAGAAGGCGGCGGCCGCCCCGGGCGGCGGCGGCGGCAGGGACUGGACGGCGGUGGAUCUCAGCAUCUUGUUCCAUUUUGCGAACCCGGCACACCAGAUCGCCAUGUCUUCCAUGUCGGAGGAGCAGGCGCGUCGUAUGAUCGCUGCUUUUGAACAAAGAGCAAAAGAAAUGUUUGGUCGUAAGCAGCGCUGA